AUGCUCGCCAUCUCGGCCUUCGCCUACUCGCCAGCUGCGACCGUGGACGUCGACGUGUUUGGCGAGGCGGCCUGCCCCGACACCCGCGAUUUUGUGCUCGGCCCGCUCGCAAGAUUGGCCGAUGCGCUCGGCACCACAGCCAGCGUGAGGUACACCUCGUUCGGCAACGCGUACUUCUUCGCGCCAUGCGCUGGUGCCGUGGUGGCUCCGCCUGGCUGUGACUCGUCCGCGUCCUGCCGAUUCAACGCGACGACGCGCGACUGCUGGUUCUCCACGUGCGGGUUGGGCGCCGCACGGCCGCCCGACGCCUGCUUCAAGGGCUCACCACGCUGCCAGCACGGCGCAGCUGAGUGCCUCGCCAACCGCGUCACGCUGUGCGCCGGGACUUCCCUCCCGUUCGUCUCGUGCUACUUUCGGGCGCUCGGCAGCGAGUGGGCGGCCGGCUCGCCGAGUACCGCUGUGCUCGCCGUCGGCAGGCGAUGCGCCUUUGCCUCGGUGGGUGCGGGCUGGGCUGGGAUCUACUCGGCCUGGCGCGUCGCCGUCGACGCAAAGGCCAGGGACCCGACCACGGUGUGCGUGUUUGAGGGCUCGCCGCGCUUCGGCGGCAGGACGUUCACGGUGCGCGGCGACGCGGCGCUGUUCGGGCUCAACAUCGACAUCGGUGCGUACCGCUUUGCAUUCGAGCAGCACUUGCCCGCCGACCUCCUCCGCGGCCCGCUCCGACUGCCGACGGCCUGCUACAUCCCCUCGUGCGAGCGCGAGCCGCUCGACGGCAACCUCACCCUCCACAAGCUGAUGGACCCGCGCCUGAACAGCUCCGCCGGAUACGGCACCGCGCUUGACGUGAUGGUGGCGGAGCUGAGGGCCGCGGGGGCGCAUCUGCAGCUCCACAAGGAGCUCGACGCCGUCCACGCCCACCCUCGACCCACGGGCGCGGUGCUGAGGUGGAAGGACGGCGGCAGCACCGUCGCGGACAGCGUGCUGCUCAACCUCCCCCGCCACGCGCUGAACCGCCUCUCGCGCGACUCGCUCCUCUUCACCGACGGACGCCCCCUCGCUCGCGCGCUUUACAACUGCAGCCGCGAGACGUCGCAAGCGAACUACUCGGCCGAGGCGUCCGUCAAGGUGUACCUCGUGUACGAGGACGCGUGGUGGCGCACCCGCCUCGGCCUCGUGCAGGGAGAGGUGCACGCGCCGUCGGACCCGCCAAUGUACAUCCGGUAUCACGACGGGCCUGUCCGCUGCGGAGAGGGUGCCGCCCCCGCGUGUGCGGGUGCGUUGCUGGUGCAGUACGCGCACUCUCUCGAGGCAGGCGGCGGCUUCUACAUGCCGUUCCGUGCGAGCAAGUCGACGCCUCUCACGGUGCUGCGCGGCGAGGCGUCCGAGCUGCCCGGGCUGCUGCACCGCAAGCUGCUGCAGAUGCACGCUGCACGGCUCGCCGACGCCGGUAUCGACCCUCGCUCCCUCGCCGAGCCGGCGGCGGUGGUGCUCGGCUUCUGGCCGCACGCGCGCGACGAGAUCCUCCACCCCGCUCCCGACCCGCUCUCCUUCUCCACCGCCCAUGGCGCGCUGCCCCAAUGCCUGCACGGCGUCACCUCCGCCUCCUACUCGGAGGCGACGCGCCAGCCCGUCGUUGGCCGCUCCCUCUCGGUCGCCAACAAUGACUGGUGGCUCGAAGAGAGCUCGGUCGAUCUCAUCGCGCCGUACUGGGCAGAGGUCAGCUUGCGCGUAGCCGAGCGCGUCCUCCACGACCAGCUUGGCCUGGCUAGGCCGGCGUGGCUAAACGCGGCGUACUAUCGCAAGAGUGUGCUCGGGAUUUGA